CAGCCUUGCGGAGAUCAAUUCCUUCAAGAUGCGUAUCACAAGUGUACGGAGAGCUCCUCGCCAGAACCUGACGGGCUUCGACCCCAAAGCAUUCGCCGCAGCGGCUGGCACACCUAAGAACGACCCAUGGGCGAGAGCAGAAGCGUGGCGAUACACCGGACCUUUCACGCGAUGGAACCGAUUCAAGGGUAGCUUCCCCGGCCUGGGCAUCGCGUCUGUGGCAUUUGCGGUAUACUGCGGAUACGAAUACUUCUUCCUGAAGGAUGAGCAUCAUGGACAUGGGGAGGAGCAC